UUAGAUCAAAUCGGUCCCGGCGAGGCAACCCGGCGAUCUGAUCGUUGACUCUGUGGAAUCCAGUUUCCGAGCGCCACACCGAGCAAGCAGCGGCAAGCAUGAGGUCUCGCAGCGGCGGAUCCUCCAUCGCCGCUUGCCUCGUCCUGGUGCUCGCCGCCUGCGCGCGCGCCGCAUCGCAGGAACCCCACCUCGGAUCAGCUCGUGUCGUUUUCCAGACUAAUUAUGGGGACAUCGAGUUCGGGUUCUUUCCGAGCGUUGCUCCAAGAACGGUGGAUCACAUUUUCAAGCUCGUCCGUCUCGGGGGCUACAAUACCAAUCACUUCUUUCGGGUGGAUAAAGGUUUUGUUGCCCAAGUGGCUGAUGUAGCGAAUGGGAGAUCCGCACCCAUGAAUGAUGAGCAGAGAACGGAAGCCGAGAAAACUGUCGUCGGCGAGUUCAGUGAUGUCAAGCAUGUCAGGGGCAUUCUUUCCAUGGGGAGAUAUGACGAUCCAGACAGCGCACAAUCCUCUUUCUCAAUACUUCUUGGAGAUGCUCCACAUCUUGAUGGCAAGUAUGCUAUAUUUGGUAGAGUUACCAAAGGUGACGAGACAUUGAAAAAGCUUGAGCAACUACCUACUCGCCGUGAAGGGAUGUUUGUAAUGCCAACUGAGCGCAUCACAAUUCUAUCAUCAUAUUAUUAUGAUACUAGGGCUGAGAGUUGUGAAGAGGAGAAUUCGACUUUGAGGCGCAGGCUUGCUGCUUCAGCUGUUGAGGUAGAGAGACAGAGGAUGAAAUGCUUCCCAUGAUGCUUUCUAGAUUCAUCGGAAGGAAGUCUUCUGAUUUCCUUAUCAGUCAUCCAUCGUGCUUUUGAUGUAUCCUCAGUGUACUGCUUUUAGCUAUGUAUAGAUUGAGUCAACUCAUGGAAGAUAUGAGAAGGGAAUAUUCAACUGUUUCAUUCAUUCUGUAAGUUAAACGGAAGGCUUGAAGAUGAAGGUUACUGCACGAGAACAUUCUCGUUGACUAAGCUGACACUGUAUAAGUGGAGUUACUUGACGUGAGAAAGUGAAGAAUCAUAGACAUUUUCCCUUCCAAAA